AUGUCUUACGCCAAGGAGCUCGAGAUCGCCCAAUUGGCCGUCCAGCGCGCCACCAUCCUCACCAAGCGUGUCUUCCACGAGAAGGCCAAGGGCACCGUCGACAAGAACGACAAGUCCCCCGUCACCAUCGGCGACUUCGGCGCCCAGGCUCUGAUCAUUGCCGCCCUCAAGGCCAACUUCCCCGAUGACGAGAUCGUCGCCGAGGAGGAGGCUGCGGGCCUCAAGGAGAACUCCGAGUUGAAGAAGACCGUCUGGGAUCUCGUCAAGUCCACGAAGCUCGACGACGCCGCCGCCGAGCAGCUGCUGGGCGGAGAGGUCAAGACCGAGGAUGACAUGUUGACCUACAUCGACUACGGAAACUCAAAGGGUGGCGCCAAGGGCAGGAUAUGGGCCAUUGACCCCAUCGACGGCACCAAGGGUUUCCUGAGAGGUGGCCAGUACGCAGUGUGUCUCGCUCUCAUGGUCGACGGCGAGGUCACAGUCGGUGUCCUGGGCUGCCCCAACCUGCCCGUCGACGACGAUGCCCGUGUGACCACCGAUAUUGGCAAGGAUGCCACCGACGAAGGUCGCGGUGCCGUCUUCUCCGCCGUGCUUGGUCAGGGUGCCACAUCCCGUCCACUCUCGACUGCUGGUCUCGAAAAGGAGCGCAAGAUCAACAUGCGACCCAUCACAGAUAUUGCAGCUGCGACCUUCUGCGAGUCCGUCGAGGCCGGACACUCGUCGCACGGCGACCAAGCCGACAUUGCUUCCAAGCUCGGUAUCACGAACCCUUCCGUCAGGAUGGACAGUCAGGCCAAGUAUGCCAGCAUCGCCCGAGGCGCCGGUGACAUCUACCUGAGGCUGCCAACCAGCAAGACCUACCAGGAGAAGAUCUGGGACCACGCUGCUGGCGACCUGAUCGUGCGGGAGGCCGGUGGCGCUGUCACCGAUGUCCACGGUAAGAGGCUAGACUUCACGGUCGGCAGGACGCUGGCGAACAACAAGGGAGUUGUCGCUGCGCCCGCUGCUACCCAUGCCCAGGUCCUCAAGGCCGUGCAAGAGGUGCUCAAGAUUUAA